AUGGGAAUUGCUUUGCCUCUUUACACUCUCAUUCUUUUUCUUCUUUCCAUCUCCUUCAACCACGUCGGACAUCGAAACCUAGUUUCCGCCGACGAAGCCCUGAUCCAAUCCGAAUGCCACAACGCAGAUAACCCCGCGACUUGUAUCCGAUGCGUAAAAUCCGAUCCCCGAGGCGAGUCGGCCGAUAAAGUAGGCAUCGCGACCAUCGUCCUAUCUUGUCUAAUCCAUAGUGCCGAGGUCCAAUCGGCCAACAUGAUAGACUUAACUAAGUACGACUUCGAAGAGGACGUGAAGCAGAUGUUACUGAACUGCGCAACCGGAUUUUUCGAAGCGCAAAUUAAUCUGACCAACGCGACGGACCUACUGAUGAAUAAAGAUUACAACGGGACGAACAGCCUCGUAAAACAGGCGCUUGUACAAGAGGUGAAGUGCAGGAGAGCUUUGGAGAAUCGUCAUGUCACCCAUGCUGCGAUGGUUUAUGAUAUGAGGGGUUAUGAAGAACUUUCCAAUGCAGCAAUGAGGAUAGUUGAUAGGUUUUAG